AUGGCUUGUUGGGCUUCAUGGGUUUGCCAUGAUUGGUUGGUGGGUAGAGGCUCCGGGUUGCUUGGUGGAGAUGCGAGUAAAGGGUGGAAGUGGAGGAGGGGUUUUGGUUUUGGAAGGAGAAAAGGGUGGGACUUGAAUGGGAUUUUGUGGAAAGAAGGAGGUUGGUACCGAAAUAUUGAGUUCUUGAAAUGGGCAGCAAAAGAUAUUAAGGAUAUUGUUAACAUUGGUACCAAAGCAAUUGAGUUAGACUCCAAUGACUGGUCCCAACUCCACAUAGAUUUCGUGGGUGAAAUUGUAAAUCGACUUCAUAGCUUUGAAGAUUUUAUGGCGGCUACAGGGAUUUCCCGAACAUGGCGUUCUGCUUGUUUUGCCAAUACUAUUACAAGGCCUCAUCAGCUUCCUUGGCUGAUGCUUUCCGAGACGCCACACGCUCACAGGCGACGGUUCUUUAGUCUCAUCAACAAAAAUCGUUAUCAAUUACCACUAUCCAAAGCACUCUGCGGAAAACGCUGCUGGGGGUCUCAACAUAAUUGGGUUGUAGCCUUGGGUCCUGAUUAUAGAGCGCACCUUGUGCCCCUUGUGAAAGGAGAGCCAAUUGCUCUUCCACCACUAGACACAAUUCGUGGAGAUGCUCCAGAGGAGUGGUUUCGCCUUGCACACAAAUUCAUUCUUUUCAAGGACCCCUCCCAUGAUCAUGAGCUAUCUUUCCUUGUCUUUGCAAUUUUCAGCCCCAUGAAUUGCUUGGCUUUUGCUAGAGUGGGAGAAGGAGCAGCUUUGAACAGAAGAGGACAAGAUGAAUGGGUCAUUGUUACCAAUCCGGACAAUUUGAAAUUCAAAGAUGUUGCAUGUCUUAAUGACCAAGUAUAUGGACUUUGUGGUGAAGGCACACUGGUACGCUUUGAACUUGAUGCUCCUCUGUUACCUGAGGUACAAGUUAUUGCUUCCCAUCAACCAGAUGUACGGGAACCACGAAAACUUUAUUUGGUGGAGUCAUUGGGAAAGCUUUACAUGGUUUUUCGUUAUGGAUAUCUUAUUCCUUCGCAGAGGAGGCAUGUGACUACUUCUUUUUUGGUCUACAUGUUCAACUUCAGUGCAUUGGCUUUUGAGGAAGUGAGAGACUUAGAAGGUCAUGCUUUUUUUGUCGGUGAUGGCAAUUCCUGGAGCAUUCCUACGAGCACGACCCCUGCAGUAACUAAUAGGAUCUAUUUCACAGAUGACCAUUGGGACUGGCCAAUGUACCUAGGAGGGGCAUAUGGAGGCCGUGAUCUGGGAGGGUUUAACAUGGAAAAUAGAUUAAUGCAAUCCCUUCCAUUCGGUAAGAUCAGCCCUCCUUCUCAUUCUCGACCAAUUCUGGUUACCCCUCCUAUUCGUUUGGAUUAG